AUGGCAUCUAGAGCAGUGGGACUUUCUCAGAAUCAAUCACGUUCGAGACAACUCGAUUUUAGCAAAGCAAUGAAUGAUUUUAAAGUGAUGUUUCCGACGUUUGAUUACGAAGUUAUCGAGAUGAUUUUGCGCGCGAAUAAUGGCCUUGUCGAUGCCACCGUCGACCAACUUUUGGCAAUGCAAACGGAAGAUAGCCAAACAACAAAAAAUAAACAUUUAGACCCUGAACUUAACGUUCGAUUACCGAGUUAUAUUGAUGAAGGAGCAAAGACUUCUGAGCCGCCUCCUGCCUACACACCACGAGUGGAGGAAGAUCCAAAUUUUCGAUACGACUCAACGUAUUUAAAACAACACUUUAGUCCAUGUUAUCAUUCUCCCACGACUGCGACACUAAACGCAAAAAAACCUUCAUUUUCUAAUGGCGAAAGUUCCCGAUAUCGUUCACCGAUGAUCGAAACAAUUGCAACUCAAUCCAGAUCUGUGUCGAGGUCAUCGGCAAAAGGAAAUGAUCCUGAAUUCCAUGAGAUUCCGAAGAACAACGAAGAUGAUGGAAGUGGUAUGAAAAAAGGGCAACUUACCAAGAGAUACCAGGCUCAAAUUUAA